AUGACUGUGUUAUCAAAUAAAAACCUGUUUCUUUUUUAUCUUUAUGUCUUUGCCCUGUCGUUCCUUUGUACAGUUUUUCAGACUACUCCAUGGAGACUGAUUUCUGGGAUUUUAGGAGUAUUGUGUCUUCUGUUGAUGAUUGCUUUGGGAAUUUUGUUGCAUAAAUACACUGACUGUCCAGAAAAGUGGAUUGGGUAUCGUUGUAACUGUUACCUCAUAUUUAAUGAAGGAAAAAAUUGGACAGAAAGUAGAAAUUCCUGUGCAUCUCAGAAUUCUAGCCUGCUUUAUCUAGAAAGCAAAGAUGAAUUGGAUUUCUGGAAACACAGUGAAUUUUUUUACUGGGUUGGACUGUCUUAUAAUAAAGCAAAUGGCACUUGGUUAUGGGAAGACGGCUCUGCCCUCUCCAGGAAUCUAUUUCCAUCAUUUCAAAAUUCAAAUCCAGAGGAAUGUAUUUCGUUUAAUCCAAAGGGAUAUACUUUGAGCGAAACCUGUAGGAAAAACAAUCGUUUUAUUUGUAAGAAAUGGCCUAUAUAA